AUUUCAUUUUUUAUCCUCAUUUAUAUCCUUGUUCCCUUUUUUUGCCUGUGUAUUUAUACAGAAUAAUUCUAAUUCUCCCCUUCACUACAUUCCUAGUUCCACAAAAGUGACUGUUGGAAUUUAUACUAAACGUCGGAGUUAUCAUGGUUUUUAAAACCUUAAUUGUGACAGCAGUUGUUUUAUCAGUCUGCUGCUGUAUCGCUGAUGGGUGUCUUGUUAGAAGUCUUGCUCACGGGGUUAAAUUGGUGUUGAUGAACCCUACAAAUGCAUAUAAAAGGAGCGUUCAUUUGGACGGUGUCAUCGAAGGUGAUCUAUGUAAUUUUGAAACCUACGAUGGCGACGGGGAUGGGGUAAUCGUUAAGGAAGAAGUACGUUCUAUUAUGCGGCAUGAAGUAAAACUCGACCGUCUUUUCGCAAACCUAGAUAUUACGGGAGAUGGAAAGAUCGAUGAAGAAGAGUUUUAUACAUCACCUGCAAUAAAAACUGUUUGCAUGGGAUCUGACUAGAUAGACACUGACUAGAAAUAGCCACGAUAUACACAGUUCCGGGAAUAUAUUUUAUGAAAACAUUUUGCAACAGAUUUGUAUUUGUGCUAAAUAUUUUAUCAGUCUAAUUGUCCUUUGGCUAUUAUUCUCCUUACAAUCAAUAUUUUUACAUGAAAAUGUUUUUCUACAGAAAAGAGGUCAUCUUUAAGGUUCUAAUGUUGCAUUUUCAUUUAAAAUAUAGAGAUAUCUUCAUUGAUACGAAGUAGUAUUAAAUCUGCAAUUUCUGUAUCUAAUUUCAUUAUGUUGUUUGAAAUUUGACAACCUUUCGACAUUUACGCGGAAAGUAUCUGAAACAAAAAUUACUAAAUAUUUUUUCUAGCAUGAAUUGCUCUGAAUGGCUCUUACUGACAGUACAAAUAAUUAUAGCAUUCCAAUUGCCUACGUGUUUAUGUCUUACUUUAUCAACAUUUAAAUGAGAUGUUAGAGAUGUUUCUAGCUUUAAGUUGUAGAAUAUAUAUAUAUAUAUACUUUUA